AAGUUUCAGCUUAUGCCUGGGAAAUAUAUAAAGAUUGCCUUCGAUCGCUUGGCAUUACUUGCUCUUUUUGAUAGAAACAAAUACGUUUAUGAAACAAUACUGGCGGUUGUUCUCGCUGUGUUAUCGUCAGUCCUGGGAUACCGGCUACUCUUGGAAGAUUUCUACACCGAUUUCUGGAUUUUUGUUUUCUGUUUUGUGUUGGCUGGAUGUCAGUUUUCAUUAUUAAAGAGUGUUCAACCGGAUGCCUCUUCGCCAACGCACGGCUUCAAUCAUGUGGUACUUUUCAGCAGGCCUGUGUACUUCUGUGUAUUAGCAACUGGCGUGUUAAUCCUUGAUAAAAUAUCAGACUAUGAUUUCCAGUGUGUAUCUGUCUAUACAAUACCACUGUGUAGUCCACGAUCCGUGGCUUAUGUCAAAGAUAUCAUGCUAGGUUUCAUACUUUCUUUUCCAAUCAUCUUCUUGUUUGGUUUGCUUCCUCAAAUCAAUACAUUCUCUAUGUUCAUCUUAGAGCAACUAGAGGUUCAUGUUUUCGGUGGAAAUGCUAGCACAAAUCUCAAAGGAGCGAUUUACGCGUUUUUUAGAAGUGUCUUUGCAGUAGGAUUUCUUUUUGGUUUCUGCUAUGGUGCGCUAGACGAAACUGCGGAUGAUGUUGCUGGGCAACAUAUCUUAUUCAGUGUUUUCAGUGGAUUGUUAGUGGCGUUAUCCUACCAUCUUAGUCGCUCUGUCAGCGAUCCUAUGCCUUUUUGGAAAUUGGUCAAAUCUUUGAUGGGACCAGAGAGAGAAAGUGAUGGCAAUCCCGAGGAAAUCUACGAUCCUUUGCCAUUGAAACUUCAACAGACUUUUAUCACCCGAGCUCACAAUGAUGUUAUUAUAUGUUCCAUAUCUGCCGUGUUUGUCUUUGGGGUUCACGUGAGCAAAAUUUUCACAGAGCUAAACCCAUACGUCAGUUACAUGUUCUACUGCAUUGCUGGCGUUCUUGGGUUCAUUGUUCACUAUCUUAUACCACAACUAAGAAAAUCUUUGCCAUGGCUCUACUGUGCUCGACCAAUACUUAGAAGCCGCGAAUAUCAUUUGUAUGAAGUGAAAGGAGCACCUAAACUUGUUUGGUUUGAGAAAUUGUACGUCUGGCUUUGUUUUAUCGAAAGAAACAUUGUUUAUCCGUGUUUAUUUCUCAGCACAUUGAGUAAUUACGCUGGAGAUAUGAGGUUAAAGUUUGGCACAGUAGGUGGUUCAUUAUUGAUCAGUAUAAUUGGUCUGAAGAUGAUUCGCAGUUCGUUUUCAGAUUGCUCAAAGCAAUCAAUUUUCGUGAUCUGGACAGUUUUAUUUUUUGAAUAUGACUACAAGAAACAUUCCGAGGGAUUCCCUGUCGAUUAUUUCAUCAUGUCCGUACUUCUGUCAAAGGUUUACGAACUUAUGUUGAAAUUAAGAUUUGUGUUCAGUUAUAUUGCUCCCUGGCAGAUUCCGUGGGGUUCUGCUUUCCAUGCUUUUGCUCAGCCUUUUAGCAUUCCACAUUCAACAAUGAUGUUUUUUCAGUCUGUUAUAUCUUCUUUGAUAUCGGCGCCGCUGAAUCCCUUUUUAGGAAGUGCUAUAUUUCUAUGCUCUUACGUCAGGCCUGUUAAGUUCUGGGAGAAAAAUUACAAUACCAAUCGAGUAGACCACACGAAUACUCGUUUAUCUUCGCAACUCGAUCGUAAUCCGGGCGCCGAUGACAACAAUCUAAACUCGAUCUUCUACGAGCAUUUGACCCGCUCUCUACAACACAGUCUGUGUGGAGAUUUACUGCUGGGUCGCUGGGGGCCUGUGUCCAGUGGCGAUUGUUUUGUCCUCGCCUCAGACUAUCUUAAUGCCCUGGUUCAUAUAAUUGAAGUUGGAAAUGGCCUGGUUACAUUUCAACUUCGAGGUCUAGAGUUUAGAGGAACCUAUUGCCAACAAAGAGAGGUUGAGGCUAUAACAGAAGAUGUUGAAAGUGACAAAGGUUGUUGCUGUUGUGAGCCUGGACACCUGCCUGGAGUAUUGUCAGUCAAUGCAGCAUUUGGCCAACGUUGGUUAGCUUGGCAAGUAACGUCUGUUAAAUACGUGAUCGAAGGUUAUAGCAUCAGUGACAACAGCGCUACCUCAAUGCUACAAGUUUUUGAUCUACGAAAGAUCUUGAUUACAUAUUAUGUUAAGGCAAUCAUAUUUUACGCAGUCCGUUCAAAAAAACUGGUUCAAUGGCUUACAAGUGAAGACAUCUUCGCUGGGCUGACUGAAUACCAGAAGAAAAAUUUCGUUGAAAAAGAAUCGACAUUCAAUCAAAAUAUUGAUGAGGAUUAUGACGUACUUGCGAAAGGAAUAUCCAGGAAUAGUUUUUACAACACGUAUUCUGAUUGGAUAAUAUUCUGCGUUGGACGAAGGGAUGAUGAAAUUCCUUGCGAUAAAAGUUCCAAUUUGAUGACGUUAUGUUUCGCUUUGAGUUUGCUAGGACGGCGAGCUCUUGGGACUGCGGCUCAUCAACAAUUAUCCAGCUUAGAAUUUCUGUACGGUCUCCACGCUCUGUUCAAGGGUGACUUUCGUAUCGCUGCUCAGAAAGAUGAGUGGGUACUUUGUGAUAUGGAUCUGUUGAAGAAGGUCGUAGCACCUGGAGUGCGAAUGUCCCUCAAGCUUCAUCAAGAUCACUUUACAUCUCCAGAUGAAUACGAUGAACCUUCCAUACUUUACGCUGCAAUUGCGUCACACGAGGAAAACCUCGUUAUCGCCCACGAAGGGGAUCCAGCAUGGAGGCAGGCUGUUUUGGCAAACAAAAGUUCUCUUCUUGCCCUAAGACACGUGUCGGAUGAUGGCAUUGAUGAUUAUAAAAUUAUCAUGUUAAACAAGAGGUUCUUGAGUUUUCGCGUCAUUAAGGUAAAUCGUGAAUGUGUGCGUGGCUUUUGGUCAAGUCAAUUACAGGAACUGAUAUUUCUAAGAAAUCGUAAUCCUGAACGAGGCUCAAUACAGAAUGCCAAGCAGGUCCUACGUAAUAUAAUCAAUUCAUCGUGCGACCAGCCAAUUGGAUACCCUAUUUACGUCUCACCACUGACCACAUCGUAUGCAGACACUAACGCUCAACUCCACUCGUUUAGUUACGGUUCGAUUCAGGUGACUCGAUUCGCGGCUGGGCUAAGAAAGGCAUGGCAUCAGCUUCGACUGCGUUGUGGCACGCUUUGCCACGCAAGUUCAGAACCUGUUGAGAAAUUGUUCAAGGGAAUGUAG